UGGCCCAGCUAGCUAACCCCCUUCCUGAGGUACUGAUGUUGACUCAUUUGCCAGAGAAAGCUUUUCCAGCAUGUGUUAUAGCAAAUGGAACCAUCAAGGUGGGUAGAUUACCAGCCACUCUCUGUAAUGCUACCUAUUCGUACUGUCCACCAACAGAUGAGAGACAAUGCCUGACCUGCCUCAAAAAUAUUGCUUGUUAUAAUAAUCUAACUGUACGGAGGAAGGAAUGUCAGUCUGACCUGGCCUACAGAAUACAGAUGGACACUGGAGAGCUGAGUCAGUGCUCACGAGUAGCACCAGGACCCAAGGGAACAAGAGUGUUAGCGGAUUGGUAUUUCAUCUGUGGUCACAAAGCAUACGUGUCCCUUCCCCCAGAUUGGGGAGGCCUGUGUAGUGUUGCAUAUGUGUCAGAUCAUGUCUUUUUCAUGCAGUACCAGGCCAGUCAUACACAUCACAAGACGAAGCGACAGGUUGGAGAGUGGCUCACGAGCCAUUCAGAAGUCCCAGAGGAGCUCCGGAUUUGGGGAGUCGGAGCGAAGAUUGCCCAGUCUAUCUUUCCAGGAAUUGGACUGGGAUUUGUGCGUGACCAAGUGGAAAUAAAUCGCUAUGCACUAUUACGUCUGAUGAAGAUGAUGCUGGUGGAGCCAUAAGGGAGGCACUCGACA